UGCUGCGAGCACAGUAAAGCCCCAGAAGACGUUGUUUGACUUCUUCCAGAAGCCGGGCACUUCCAGCACCCAGGUGGAGAAGGUGCUGUGCCCGGCAUGCAACACACAUGUCGUCAAGAGCAAGAUCAAUUGGCAUCUUGACCAGGACUGCAAAAGCAAAGAGAGAAAGGAGGCAAAGAAGGGAAAGAGAAGUGCAGUAACAGAGAAGAAAGUGACAAAGGAUGGCAAGGAUAAAAAGAAGAGGAAGAAAGCCAUGUUGUCAGAUAGUGAAGACGAUGAUGAGGAGGAGGAUGUUGACAUUGAGAUACUUGAGCCUAAAAAGGAGGCGGAGGAGGAAAACAGUUCUGACGAUUUCUAUAUUAAUGCCUCUAUGGUUGAGGUAAUGAUGGAUGUAAGUUCCAGUGAAAACACCAAUAAUACUCCAGCGAAAGUGCAAAGCGGCGGAGAACCUGUUUCACCUUAUUUCUCGGGUAGUGCGCCACCUUCAAAUUUCACUCCCGGAAAGAGGAAAGAGAAGGUCAUUGUUAACCAAAUUCCAAAGAUUGAGAUUAAUUCCAUCGCCCAGUUGCAAGCAGACUGGGACUCCCCUAAACCUACCCCAGAAAAAGCUGAGUGUCCCUCAGCAUCAAAACCAAGGCAACCAACUCCAUGUUCCAGUGAGAAGAGUUCUCAAAUCAUAGCAGCACAGGUCGUGAAAAAGUUGCUGGAGGAAGAUUGGGAUUUGUGUUCUCCGCAGACAACUCCUUUAAAGGAUAUAAAAGCUGUCAAAGUCCAAAGCAAUGGCAAACAUACCCCAAAAAGUAUUGGUUAUCCGGAACGCAAUAGUGAUGAGGAAUUUGAAAAGGAGGUUAUAGUAUUUCGAACACCCAUUAAGCUCAAACCAAAGAAUAGUACUAAGAAAUCUGGUAAGAAAUCACCAGAAAAGGCCAAUAAAGAAUCUGUUGCUGAUGUAGAUAAGAGUAUGCUGACAGAAGAGAGAAUCAGUAAUGCGCUGAGGUCUCCUGCAUCUAGUCAAGGAAGUACUGCUCUAGAAAGUGAGGGUGACAGCAUACCCUUAUUCAGCCCCAUCAGGAGUCCUGGGCUGGUAUCUCCUACGCGAUCCCCCACGCCCUCCCCAGACUGCAAAACUCUCAACCCAGUGAUAAGGAAACUCUUCACACCCCCAGUGUCUCCACAGCAUUCCCCAGUCAGUUCGCCAGAAGUUUCUCCAAGUAAACUCAAGUUAUCCCCUCAAAUCAAUAAUAAUGUACAUAGAUUUAAUAGAAUAAAUAAAGUUCUGUCUUCACAGGAAGAUGCGUUUGAUGCCCUGUCGCAAAGCACCUUGCAGGAUAGCAAGAGUCCAAUGAAAAGUCCAAAAAAGGGGAACCUGCUUGUCAGAACACCAAGGAAGAUCAACCAGAGCAUCAGAAGUUCAGGGCUGUUGCAGAAUUCAUCUCAGUGCAGUUUAAAUGUCAUAACCCCAAGGAAUAAGAAACACCACUCUCCCUCAACCAGUAAUGCAAACUCUCCAGUGAAAGGGAGCCCGGGUACAUCCAGCCAGGCGAUGGAAACCGAUACUCAGGAGAAGACUCUAGCUUUUGAUCCAGCAAUAUACAGAGAUAGAAAAGGCUACUAUCUAGACAAUUUUAUGAGAAUUUUAGAUACUGUUAUGUCACAGCCUCAAGACCUGCAGCUUUUGAACUGUGAAGAUUUAUCAGUUAUAGAGACUUUCCGUAAAUUAUCACUGCCAGCGCAGAAACUGUAUGUUCGACUGUUCCAAAGGAAAAUCAAGUGGAAUAAAGCCUCCAAGAUUGAAUAUAAAGAUAUUUGUGAUGCAGAAGAUACAGUACUUUAUAUAAAGGAGCUCACAUAUGCAAAUUUCUUAUUGAAUGAGACAGAAAUGACUGGACUUGAGGAAGUGUUGGCCAUACUCUCUAGUGAAGAAUUGCAUGGAUUGUGCAAGCAAAUGAAGAUUCGUACAUAUGGAAAGAAGGAGGAGUUAGUUUCCACUCUUAUAAAAUUCACCAAGCAACAAAAAAGCAUAUUCAGUGCUUUUAAGAAGACAGCAAAUGAAGACCCUCUUGUCUUGAAAAGGGCCAAAGCUAUCCUAGGCCAUUGCUGUUUGGUGAACAAGGAGGUGCGACGGGUGUUCAUGAGAGUCCUCAUGCUCUAUGGCCUUCCACGGUACGACGAGGAGGAGGAAGGAGGACAGCAGUCCCAGCUUACGACCCUCCUGAUGGUAAACAUGGGCAAGAUGGAGUUCCCAGAGUUUGAGGUGAUCAGGAGCCAUUCCAUCUUCAGGACACGGGAGGACCUUCUCAGAUAUGAAACUUGCAAUCAGAUUCUCAUUGAUGUACAAGAGUGUAUGGAGGCACAGAAGUGGGAAGAAGCCUUGCAACAUUGCCAGCUUGCAGUAACAACCUAUCAGGAGCUUAUUUCUGAUGAGGAGUUGAUGAAUCACGAGAAGUCGCUGCCAAGCUUCUUGCGUCGCUUUACAUCUGUGUCGGUCUUGAUUUACAUCUUGACGUGUUCUGUGGAGUGCCACCAGAGGUUGAAGAGUUACCAAAAGGCAGUGGAUCAACUACAGGAUUUGCUGAAACAGAGGACGCAUUUACAGGACUACAGGGGAAGGUGGUUUGACAGAUUGGCACUCAAUUUGGCAACACAUUUGAAGAAGCCAGCCCAGGCUGUAGAUGCCAUUCAAGAAGCUUUAAAGGACCCUGAGGUGCGGAAAGGCCAUCGCCUUUCACUAAGCAUGAGAGCACAGAAAAUGGCAUCUUCUGCCCGGCAUAAAUCUCUGGCGGCAACCAUUGCUGGAAUGCCUCUUAUGCACCCAAGAGAAGCACCAAAGGUUAUUAUAGAGGGCAGGAGUCUCCCAGGGGAUAUCCCUGGAUAUAAGAGGGCCUUCAUCCGCCAAGAUUCAGCUCGGCAUGCAGGAGAAGGGGAAGUCACAGUGUGUUCUGUUGAGGAGUUGGUCUUGGGUCACUAUAGAGACCAGGGUUACACAGAAGGUUUGCACCGAGAAGGUACGACGGUGAACUCUCUCUUUGGCCUGUAUUUCUGGGAUGCUCUCUACUCGCCAGUGUCAGAUGUCUUCCGAUCUCCACACCAGGCUUCACCCUUAGACUUGGAUGACCCGAACUUUUAUGCAGCCAGGAAAAAGUGGAUUGACCAGAGACUCAGUGAUAUGCGUAAUUGGCCGGAGGAAAGGGCAUUCAGUGAACUGGAGCAAAUAUGGACUCAACACCUAGGAAAAGUUUCCCUAGUGGCAUGGGACCUUUUUCGUAACAUAGAUCAUGCCAAGAGUUUGGUGGCGAGUAUGGGUACAAGUGUUUUGGCUGCAAUAUGUGAGCGCCUUGCUAAGGAUCACAGAUUUACUCGCAGUGGUUUCCCAGAUCUUGUGGUUUGGGACCCUCUCAACAAAAAAUGUCGAAUUGUUGAAGUAAAAGGACCAAAUGAUCGACUGUCAACAAAACAGAUCCUCUGGCUGGAAUACUUGCUUGAUAAUAGUGCAAUCGCCGAAGUCUGUCAUGUUGAAGGUAAAUGAUAAUUGUAUCAGCACUUGUAUUUUUCUAGUUUUGUCUAAUUUUCACGUUAUGCCUUUACUCAAGAAAAAAAAAAAAAAAUUUGUGAAAGGUCAAUCAGAGUGAUUGGCAAUACUGAAACUAAAUUACAAUACAGGAAAAUACUAAUAUGUUUAACCCAUUGGCAAUGGAUAAGUGCACUGCCUA